UCAGCAAGGUAGAUGCUGAAUCUCGAAGUGAAGGCAGGGUUCAGCCGGCGAAAUGGAUCGAAGUCUUAUAUUUACAUUUAUUUUCCAUCAUUUUCUGUUUUCAUUUUCAUGCGCAGCAAGUAAGCCUAAUAUCGUUAUGAUUGUUGCUGAUGAUCUAGGAUGGAACGACGUCGGCUUCCAUGGCUCCAAUCAAAUACCUACACCAAACUUAGACAAGUUAGCACUGAACGGUGUGAUACUUAAUAAUUACUAUGUCACCCCGAUAUGUUCUCCCUCAAGAAGCGCGAUUAUGACUGGAAAGUAUCCAAUCCAUACUGGGAUGCAGACAAGUACUGUUUUUGGACCAAAUGCAUGGGGCUUGGACCCAAAGGAGACUCUAUUACCAAGGUACUUGCAACUGCAAGGAUACAAAACGCAUGCUGUUGGCAAGUGGCAUUUAGGAAUGUCGUCGCGGAGUUACCUUCCACAUAACAGGGGGUUUGACACAUUCUAUGGGUACUACCUGGGUAAAGGUGACUAUUGGGAUCAUUCAAAUGUAGAAACAUUUUGGGGCCUUGAUUUACAUGAUAAUGACAAACCAGUUUUCAAUCAGUGGGGCAACUACAGUACUGACAUGUACACUGCAGAAGCAAUUGAUAGAAUUAGAAAUCAUAACAAGUCAGCACCACUAUUUUUGUAUCUAGCUUACCAAGCAGUACAUAGUGCCAAUCGCCAAGCUGACCCUAUACAAGCUCCUGAUAAGUGGAUUGAGAAAUUUCAGCAUAUUCAAAAUAUUGAGCGAAGAAAAUUUGCAGCAGUGACUGCUGCACUUGAUGAGGCAGUUGGGAAAGUUUAUCAGUCAAUAAGUGAUGCUGGAAUUCUUGACAAUACAGUUAUUGUUUUCACAACUGAUAAUGGAGGCCCUGCCAAUGGGUUUGAUUACAAUUAUGCAAAUAAUCACCCAUUGAGAGGUGUCAAGGCACAUUUAUGGGAAGGUGGUGUUAGGGGUGUAGCAUUCGUGAACAGUAAACUAAUGGGAAAACCAGGAAGAGUUUCUCAUGAAUUGAUGCAUAUUACUGACUGGCUUCCAACAUUUCUUGACUUGGCUGGUGGAAAGUCUUCAACCUUAAAGAUAGAUGGAAAAAACAUUUGGGGUGCUAUUGCAUAUGGUGAACAGUCACCAAGAGAAGAUAUCUUGCUUAACAUUGACCCAUUAUUAUACAAAAAUGCUGCACUAAGAGUUGGAAACUAUAAAAUUAUCCAAGGAGAGAAAGCUGGGCCAUGGUCAGGAUGGUUUCCACCACCAGAAGUGGACUUAGCUCCAGAACACCCAAACCCUAUUAUAAGGGAAGCUACCAUCAAAUGUGGUCCUAGGCCAGCCAAUGCAACAAAAGACUGCUCUGAUGCAUGUUUAUUUGACAUUAAAAAAGACCCAUGUGAAUAUAAUGAUUUGUCAAAUGAGCAGCCUGAAUUGAUGUUGGCUCUUCUUGACAGACUGAAUGGCUACAAAGGGGGUAUGGUAAAACCAAGGAACAAUUUUACAAAUGACCCACUUGCAAAUCCAAAGAUACAUGGAGGAAACUGGCAGCCCUGGCUCCCUUGAAGUUCAUUUUUUAUGCUUCUGAAGGAAUGCAGAUCCAUGAAAAUAUCAAAUGACGAUAUUUUUUUACCAAAUAUGACUAAUCAGUUAAUUUCUAAGUAAAAAAGCAGUCAAGUCAUCACUCAAUUUCAUAAAUAGGGUACAAUGGCAAACGAGAUAAUAUGUUGAUUAUUCUUUUUAUUGUUGGUAACCAUCUCUAUAAUUUUGAUAUGAGUAGGAGCAAUAUUGGAAUAGUUUAUAGUAAUUUAUGAUAAAAUGGUAAAUAACGAUAAUUGUACAUAAUGAAUGGCAAUGGUAAAUAAUAAAAUAAUUUCUAGAAGCUGUUUUUGGGAACUGGUUUUGUAAUGUAAUUUUUUUAUUUUAUUUCUAUGAAUUUUUCUUCAAUGAAAAGAAGUUUA